AUUUUGGCAUGAUCGUACUUCAAUAUGGCGAACCACGACAAAGGACGCAGGAAGUGGGGAGGAAUUUCACAAGAUAAUACGAUAGAUUCCAAAUUGGAUAAGGAUAGAUCAACAGAUAUGCGAGGGGGAGGAAGUCGGGCUCCGCCUCAAGCAAUAUACAGACCAGGAAGUGGACCUCUAAGAAAAUCUGGCCGCUCGGGUGAUGAUUUUGAACUCGAAGACAGUUCCCAGGAACAGUCUAAGUCCAGCUCCGUCCAGUAUCGCUUGAAACAGUCACGGUUUGGCAGCCCUGAUCGUAUGAGAAAUAGUUCUCCUCCCCAAAUUGACAACAUAUGUAACAAGUUGAAUGACACACAUGUCAGCUACAAAAUCAAUAGCAACAAACAAUCCCAAGGCUUUUCUAAAAAUCAUCAAGUUGGAGGAGAUCCAAGGAAGAAGAACAAGAAGCCGGAACAACAGUUGUAUGUUCCAAAAAAGGUGAAGGAAGCAUUGGCUGAACGUGAUGUGACAAGCAGGUCACCCGUUCGUGGUACCUGGGACCGAGAAAAGGAAAGAGAAGAUGACAGAGACUGGGACACUCGUUCUAAUCGCAGUCAUCGUAAUCGUUCUGGUAGUCACGGAGGAGGAAAUCAUAGUGAACGUGGGAGCAGAAGCAGAAAUGACCAUGGAAAGCGAUACUCUGGCAACCGUAGAAACAGAAAUAUCAGUGAGAACGAGGAGCGUUGGAGAUCCGAUUCUCCUCAGUCAGCUAAAAAUUUUGGAAGUCGAAGAGAUAAUCCACGGGAGGUUAGACAAGGCUCGGAACCGUUGUUUGUAACAUCAAAUAGCAUAAAUGAUUCUAAUCGGUCACGAGAUACGCGCAGUGUAGAGCCGUUCAGUUAUUCAGAUAAAUUUCAUGGAAAGCCACCAUCAGGUCGAAAAGACAAUGCAAAAGAAUGUCCCAUGCCGAAGAAUUUUGAUCUUUUGCCACCGAGACUGCGAUCUAAGUUCCUAGCUGAAAAUGGCUUGGCUCCACCACCUAGCUCUAUCGGUACUUCUUCUGAAGAUGCUUGGGAUGGUAGUACAGUUACGUUUCAGGGUGCCUCAUCUCAUCAUUAUCAACCUGCCAUGCAGCAUUCACAAACGAUGCAAAACUUGCCUCCGGCUGGACCAUUACCGCCGCAGCAGAAUUGGUCCAACACUGUGCCUGCUCGAACUCGAGGUCGAGGAAGACUUAGACCAGAUGAAAUGGAUGUUUCAACAUCUGUAUUCAGACCUGUUACUCCUGAUCAGUAUUCUGCUCCGAGUUCAAGAUCUCAUACACCGAGUCAGGAAUAUAUGACUCGGUCAUAUGAUCGACGUGGAAGCAAUAGUACAAUGUAUACUAGUAUGGAGAGUUUGAGUCGAGCUGAUAGUAUCUUGAUGCCACCACCACCAUCGAUACCGUCUCCACCACCUUCUUCGAAUCCAAACCGAUGUCAGUCACCUGUUGAUAAUCAUAUAAAGAGAUCAACUCCUAUAGCUGUCUCCAAACAACCUUCUCGUCACACACAAAACACGAACAAGACUUCACCAGAUACCAGUUCAAUACAAGAGAAACCAAGCAGUCAAUACACUGAGACCGUCACUCCAUUGAAAAGUGAACCUUUUAGUCCACUAUCCGAUAACUCCCUGGACCACCCUUUGAAGUGGAGUGAUGAAGUAGAAUUACACGAGAAAAUGGAGGCUGAGCAAUUAAGUCGAAGUUCAUCGGUUAUGAGUCUUAGGGAAAGUGCAAGUGCAUCGGGCACUCAGCCUCCAAUAGGAGGAAGCAGAAGUUAUAGGUACAAAAAGAAGAAACGGAAUAGAAAUUCCGAUCGCAAGAGCAGGGACAGGCCGCGUGAGAGCAGUCGGGAACGACAGAAUAAUCAGCAGAACCGGGAAAAUGACAGUUUCAACAACAACCAGAAAAACAGCAAUAGUAUGAGAAAAUAUGAUAACAGGAGACAUCGCAACAUUAUUCACCGUAGUCGAGAAAAUAGCAGAGAUAGAAACUUCCGCGACUUUCCGAGAAAUAGGUCUUCGGAAAAACACUUAGAAGAGAAUUGGAGGAGUGGGAGGAAGGCGUCGAUUUGCGAUUCGGACGAUGGUCGCCGAACUCCCUGUCAAACCAUGCAUUGCCAUCAACUUGGUUCAAGUGCAAAUUCAGCUCCACGUCAAAUGUCUCCUCCCACAGAACAGAAUAACCCUCAACCCCCUGGAGUUUUAGUUUUACCAGAUAGAAGUCAAUCUCCUCGAUGUGUGACCCCACCGCGACAGCAAUUAUCUCAACAGCAGAGAACGUUGUUUGAUCCAAACAAUCCCAACAGACCAAUCAUUGUCACAUCCCCGGGAAGUCGAGCUGCACCGCAGCUGAGAGAAAACGAAGGGCCCGCUACAUCAAGUGCAUCUCCCUUCGGAUCUCACACCAGCUUUCCACAAGCGCAUCCUUUUCAAGGGACUCAGUUGGACAAUGUACCACCUCCGUAUAUAGCCGAUCAGUUCGGAAGUGUGAGACCUCCCUGGUACGACCCUUACUCGGAAAACUUUCGAUCAGCCAAGAACCCGUUCCUUCUUCUUCGUAUAGAAAAUGCGGAUUUGGAGCUACAGUUCAUACUCAGUUCCGGAGGUUUCAUCACAAAUUGGGAACGAGUAUCGUAUAACCGGCAGAUCCUUCAACAGAGCUUAAAGACCCUUCUCGAGACCGACAUAAAGUUCUGUCAGACGGAAAAUGUCGAGCAGCACAUUUGGAAGAUUCUCUUCUACAAUUUAAUCGAGAUGUUCAGGAAGAGCAUGCCGAAGGAGGCCACGGAACGCCGAGAACAGUACAAGAAGAUCAUGCUCAGCAUCAUCGAUGAGGGCACGGCCUAUUUAGAAAAUUUAUUAACCGUUCUCGAAACCACGUACAACUUCAAACUCAGCACGUAUCUUACAUCUGUGACACCACCGAAAGGUUUAGGGUUUCUGGGAUUAGCCCUGAUCAGCGCUCAAAAAAUAUUCCUUUUCUUGGGCGAUUUGGCGAGGUACAAGGAACAAGUCAAUGAGACCACCAACUACGGAAAGUCGAGGCAAUGGUAUCUAAAGGCGCAACAGAUCAAUCCGAAAAAUGGGAGACCUUACAAUCAACUCGCACUGUUGGCACAUUAUGCAAAACGAAAAUUAGAUGCUGUUUAUUACUACAUGCGUUCCUUGAUGGCAUCGAAUCCUUUCCACUCUGCAAGGGAGAGUCUCAUAGGUCUCUUCGAUGAGAACCGAAAAAAGUACCUACAUUAUUACGAAUCUACGGAACGUAAACGGAAGGAGGAAAGGGAGUCGAAGGAACGCGCUCGGAUGAAGGAGAAAGAGGGUGCCAAUAAUAUCGGAGGAGGACUUCGUAGAGAAACUUGGAUCCAUCCUGGUGGCAGACGAGUCAGAAGAACUACCACUGCUACGACUAACACCGACACCAGAUCUUCGCACAGUGACCUGGACGAAUUGGCGCAAUUGUCCAGUGUUGAGGUGAAUAAGCGUUUCAUAACGUCUUACCUUCACGUUCACGGAAAGCUGAUCACGAAGAUUGGGAUGGAGACGUUCCAGGAGGCGAGCAUUCAGAUGUUGAGGGAGUUCCGGGCAUUGUUGCAGCACUCUCCGCUUCCUCUUCCUGGCAUGCGACUUCUUCAGCUCCUCGCGCUGAACAUGUUCGCGAUCGAGUCGACCCAGCUGAAGGACUCCCAGUUGGAGCAAGGCUACCGAUCGGAGGUCCAGGAGCGAGCACUCGUGGUAUCUCUGCAGAUGUUCAGCCUGAUCCUGGAACGGGGCGUCUCCUUGCUGAAGAGCCAGCUGGAGAACGAGGAGCAGCCUAGAUUGAUAAUCGGCGACGACCUGCACGCCCUGUUGCCGGCUAUCAAGAUCUGGUGCGACUGGAUGCUGUGCAAUAGUACCGUCUGGAACCCGCCGCCAUCUUGCGCAGACUACAGAGUCGGACCUCCUGGGGACGCCUGGAGCAGGUUGGCCGCGCUGGUGAACCUCCUGGAGAAGCUGUCUUGUCCCAAGAACGUCCUCAUCUUCCCGAAGGAGAACGAGGAGCCGCAGGAGGAUCUGGAGCCUGUGAAGCUGCAGGAGGACACCACCCUUUCGGGGUUCACGCCUCUCAUGUCGAAUCCCCAGGAUCCGGUUUUCACGAACAAGGACGAGGACAUGGAGGUGGCGCAGGUUUGUUUGAGGAUACAGAAGAUCCUUUUCUUCGGGCAAGUUUUCCUAUGCGGACUGGAGACUCCGGUCCUGAAGCUGCAAAAGUGUGAGAACGGUGUUAGCGAGUACGUGUCCGUUGUCGAGGCUUCCAGCAUCAGCUCGCCGAGUUCUCCUCCGGAACAGAGCGACUCCGAGCUUCUGGUCGAGAGCUACAGCGAGGACGAGGACGAAAUGCCAUUAGGUCCUAGAAGAAGGUCAUCGGGAGAAAAAGCAGCCGACAAUUGCACAGGACUUGCCGCACCUCCUGGAGAAAUUCGGUCCUUGAUCGAGCGAAAGGAGGAACUCGAGAGGAGGCAACGAAAACAGGAUCGUCAUCGUCAACGGGUCCAGGCGAUCCUACAGAAGUCUUCCGUCUCGGUGGAGAUCGAGGUGAGGCCACGACAACUGGUGCCGGACACGAACUGCUUCAUCGACUACUUGCAACAAUUGCAAACCAUCGCAAAGGCCACUUCCGGUGCGCAGCCGAUAUACACCUUGAUGGUUCCCCUCGUCGUGCUCAACGAACUGGAGGGACUGACCAGGGGUGCCAGUCCCAGGAACUGCCCCCCAGCUUCCAGGGCGAGCUUGGAUCCGGAACACGUGGCCAGAGUUGCCGAAAACGCAAAAUCCGCCCUGGCCUUCGCCAGGAGUAGGAAUCCUGCCAUCAAGUGUCUCACCACUCGAGGAACCGUGCUCACCUCCAGCACCUUCACCGUCGAGGAAGACGUUGAUCAGGAUGGUCUUACAAGGAACGACGACAGGAUUCUGGCCACCUGCCUGAGCCUCUGCAGGGCCAGUAGCAAGGAUCAGCCGAGUACAGAAGAGGGCCAGCCGAGACGUCUUCGACGAGAAGUGGUCCUCCUGACGGAAGACAGGAACCUGAGAGUGAAGGCCCUGGCCAGGGACGUGCCGGUCAGGGAAGUACCCGAUUUCAUGCAAUGGGCGGGUCUAGGAUGAGUAAAGAGCUCGAUUAAGCCCGUUAAUAAAAAUCACCCAACUCCGAAGACAAGCAAGCCAGCAGAUCUCCAGAUCGUCGCCGAUUGGUCGAAGCGACCGUUCUCACCACGUAAGUUCCACCUAGGGCCAGCAGUGCUCGAUCGCCAGAGAAUAAGGAUCUUCGAUUGCGCUAGUAAGAACCUCUGAGGAAGCUAAAGGAAACGUCGAGAAGAUACCCCUGCCGGUGCGCGCGCUACAGGAAAAGGUUGACAUUUGACGCGUGACAUAUGACAUGUGACACGAGUGUCCCGCGAGAGGACCCAGGAGUCCUGGGCUGCGUCACCCUGUGUAGCUUCGCCCUGAACCGAGGAGUCGGAAGCCACGUUCGAUGAACGACGCGAGAGAUAUCCGCUGGUCCAGCGAAUACAAAGCAUGGAGAGAUAUCAGAGGGGUACGGCGUGAUAGGCGAAGGGAAGGAAGGAGAAGAAUAACGAUCAAGGAGAGCAAGAGCGAGGCAUUAUCGAUUAGAGAAGAAAGGUUACGGAGAACGGGAAAAGCAAGAUGGCGGCUCGAAGAGACUCGUCGGCGAGGAAGGACGCGGCCGCGGGGAGGAAGGAGAUUAGUUCCCGGCGUUUUUUACUUCCCACGUUGAUUUUAUCCAACCGGCCGGCCAUUUAUUGUGGCCGGCUUGUGUAUCCUUUAAUCGUGUUUAUAAUAUAUUUGUAACAUUUUCUCGAAUGUACAUUGGAUCCUUGCGCCCUCUGGCGGGGCGUCGGUUCUUCGGUUUAGUUGUUGGGACCUCUUCGGAGGAACUCGCGCCCGCGGUCUCGACGAUUCGCCCCCGAUCGGCAGAGCAGGCGCGAGUACGCCUUAGGGAAAAGGGGGCUUCUUCGAGUUUUCGAAUUUUCCGGCCCAGAGGGAGGCGGAAAGUGGAGAGGGGAGGGCCUUCGAUCGCUUCGAUCGACCCGAUUGAUCGAGGGGGGUCGUCGGGGGUGCGCCUCCUCUCUUCGGGGAGAUCGCUCGUCGCCCUCUUCGGGGCGGGGGCUUUUUUCGGAAUUUAUCCGCGCCCGGUGUACGUACGCGGUGUUCGGCGAACUCGGUCGCGAAUUACUCCUUAAGGCAACAGUAACCUUAAUAUUAACACUGGACCUGUGCGAAUAACGGACGACUCGAAUCUAGGCGAACGGCCUGUCCGAUUUGAUCUUUUCCGAGUCGAAUUCUCUCCAAAAAAUGGCCGAGCUGAAGUCCUAACUCCACUUGAUGGUUUUUAACAUAGAGAAAUUUUCUUCACCGAAUUAAAGACACGGAGUGACGGUGAACCGGUCAAAAUCGUCACGUAGAUUUUGCUUCAUAGAGGUAACGAACAUUCUUAUGGCGUUUUAUCCUGGAUCUUUUUUCCUCUCCUGGAUGAAGCGCUAUUGGAAUGUUUUAAUCUUUUUUUUUUUUGUUUUUUUCCAGUGCGGUCAAAUACUUCACAGAGAAAUAGCGUUGUAACUAGGAAGGAAGAUUUAAAAAUUCUUUGUUAACAUGCGCGUGGAGCUUUUUGCAGAUUUUUCUCUUCGGAGGAACAGACUUCCUUGAAGUCCUUGAAGACUCGUGGCUUGGCGGUUCGUUGUCACUCGGUGUCACAAGUAAGUAGUAAAGAUUUAGGAUUACUGGAGAAAAGAAUUGAAUAGGGUUAGAGAAAACUAUCUUCUUAAGAGAAAAAAUUAUAUAUAGGACAUGUUGAAUUAUUCGAGCCAAGGUACUCGAAUUGUUUUAUUCAAUAAGAGCAACGAUCGCUUUAUUGUUUCUGAUAAAAAGAGCAAUUAUUCGAUCGCUUCGUAAGCACAGCCGUUUUUCCCGAAGUGCGUGUGUGUAUGUGUGUUUAUUUUUAGCUCCGUUUUGGUAUCUAUAAUGCACUUUUCAGAGCCGUCGUAGGAACGAUUACUCCGGACAAUUCUGACAAAUGUAGAUAUUUAUUACGAGUCCAAUUUUUAUAUUUCUACGUUCCCUUCCCCAAGUGUCGUACACGUCUUGCAAAAGGAUUUCAGUUUUUAGAUAUGAAUUGUACAUUCUAAUCGUGAACUUACCUUUUAACGUUCCAAGUCCUGCUUGUUUCGGUCCCCCUUUGCAAAUCAUUGGAAAUGAAAAAUGAUAUUCCUAAAUGGUACCGUCAUAUCUAUAUCUCGUUCAAUCGAAUUUUUACAUAUACUCGUACAUAUAAGAUUACAUAUGAUUGAAAUUCAAAUUGCAUUGCUCGACCUUUAGAAUGCAAUUUCGCAUGCAGUUUUACUCCUCUCCUGAGCGCAUCCGUGUAAUUGGUGUAAAAAAUUGAGAUCUUUCUUCUUUUUUUUUUCUUCUUUUUUUCAUUCUUCGUACGCAAAGACAAGAAUAAGUACCAUAAUUUCGACAGAGCGUGGAAUAUAAUUAUAAAGCGAGAACACCAAAAAAAAAAAAGAAAAGAAAAAGAGGCCAUCGAAAGAUCAGGUCGAACGGCGCUCUUCGAUACCGAGGUCGACCAGUCGAACGUUAGCGUUAUUCGCAGAGGCCUAAUUAACGCGUUAACAUUGCAGUAUACUGCUAUACGGAUAAUGUUACAGUUAGUGGUAAGCGGCGGGUUGUAAUCGAGCUGUAAUACAGGUACAAUCGAUUACGAGCAACGAGGCGGAUCGAUCGGAUCCACCGUUGGAGAACGACGGUGCGCACUUUGUAUUUUUCUUACGGCCCCACGACUGCUCGGGAUUUUAUGCACUGUCAGACUUAGCGAUUAGGCUAGUUCAUAAGCGAGGCUAACGAUUAAUCCUGUAAGCGAAGGGCCCGUUCUCCGAGCGCGAGAAAGAGGGCUAGACUAGGGAAGAAAAAAGCGAGCCAGAAGCGACGAAAAAUGUGGAGCCCAAAAAAAAAAGAAACAGCGUCUAGGCAAAAUGCGCAAGAAGGCGAACAUUCCGACCGAAAGUUUCCGCCAGAUGACCCUCUUUCUCCGAGAAAGGAGAUGGAGACGAGAGGCCAAUGUUCGUCUUCUUCUUCUUCGAGGUUGAGGUGACAUGAAAGUGGCAUUCGGAGGGUCAAUCGUUUAUGAAACCAUUCUAUGAACUGGCUGUACCGAAUCGUUUCAAGCUUUACUACGUGAACAUAGAGACAAUAAGGAAGGUUCUGACGCUCAUGAAAUUUCAUUUCUUAUAGCAAAUUUUAACAAUGCCUAUGAACAGAUUUUAAAAAAAAUUGAAAUUCGAUGAGUUUCAGGACUUUUCUUUUACCCUCCAUAUUCACACUGUAAUGUUUGAAAUUAUUCGGUACACUCAGUUUGGAGGAAAGUUUCAUAAACGAAACCUCAGCGGCGCCACUUCCGCAUCGCCUUAAACUGCGGAAGAGAGGUGGUCCAAGCGGUACACUGAGAGACAUCAAUGCCCUCCCAUCCUGCACAGGCAAUGCCGUAUCUGCAGGGGAGGCAUUCAUGUCCGCCAUUGUACCAUUUGCCGAUUUAGGACAAAAAGGGAUGCUUGGUUCACCUUUCUUUCCAGGUUUCCUCCUUGGCGACUUUGUCCAGAUCUCGAGGGGGUCGAAAACGGGCGCGAAGAGCCAAUCGAGGUUAGAACGAUCGAAAGCCUCGGGACCGCGAGAUCGAGUGCGAGAGUGCGAGGAAAGAUCGAGUCCUAUUUUUUGACGAGUUACGAUUACUUAACGAUCGGUAGCGAAUGACAAGCAUAGAAGAGAGGGAGAGCCUGAGAACGUGUGGAGAGUAAGAGAGAGAAAGAGGAAAGGGGGCGGAGCUGAAUACUCGAGUGUUAAUUUUAAUCUCACGAGGAUGGUAGUACGUUCCAGUAGAGUGGUUAGACGUACGAAAAUGUAUGAAUAGCAAGUAAUCGAUACGAAACCUCUAGGAGAACGGUAGAUUAGACUCUCGGUCGACUCUCGUGAAUAUACGUUCUAACGAAAUUGCGUUUGUUUGCUGCCCCGAAAGUAUUCUAGUGUAUACAUUGUUUCGUUUUCUUUUUCUAAGCUAACACGAUUUACUAGGAGUAAAAGCUGAAUGCGAAUGUUGUCGGUCGCAGAUUGGUCCGCGAUCAAGCGGCGGGGGUGUUAUUGAUAAUAAUCGCAAGUUUAGGGUGACUUCCCGGCUUCGAGUCGAGCAGGACUGGGAUCGGUUUGAGAGCUCCUGUCUCCCCACCAGAGGCGUACAGUAGACCCCCGUAAAUGGCGACCCCCGUCCAGCGCGGUUUCCCGUAACGUUGUAAAUCAACCUCGCACUAUGUAACCCUUCUUCCACCUUGUAACGUAAAUAAGAAACUCUAUCUUUUUAUAACACGUAUCGCGUCAGACUAACCGCCUUUUGAUGGCUUAUCACCGCCUUUCCGAUGGCUUAUCAGUCCCUCGCCGCGCUGCACCGUGAAAGGGAACUUCAUAUCUUGGAAGGCCGUAGAGAGUCUCUUAUAAAGCGAUCCCUUUAAUCUUUACUCCGGGACCUGUUCUCCGCGUAAUAACGGAGGUCCACUGUACUCGAAGAAUUCCCAAUGGUGGGGAGGCAGAGGUGGUCAAACCGUACCCCGCAACAAGAGCCGUGCAAGAACCCUGGCCUGCAUCCGAAGCGGUUUAGCGAAUUACCCCACUCUUUUUCCCAUUUCCACGUCGAAACCUCCAAACGAAGAGGUAUAAUAUCACCUAAAAUCCGCAUUGCCCACUAAAUGUAUACUUCCGCCGCGCGAGGGGAACUCAAGAAUCGAAAAGUUAAAACUCUUAACAGUUGCCUUGACAAACGGGAAGCGUGCAAGGGGUGCGUCCCUUCUCGAAUAGACUCACUUUAUUAACGUAUUACUCAUAACUUCAGCACAGCCGCGCCGACGACCGCUUGACGGGACGACGGACGACGCGACGCGGGAAACAUGGCGCCUCGCCGCCAUUGUUCUUCUUCCGCUAGAGGGGAUUUUAACACGGUAGAUUUAUCUAGAUGCGUAUCAGAGGAGGAUGGCGCGAAAGGUGGACCAGGGUAGUUAGGGGGAAUUAAAGGUUAAGCGUAGGGAUGCCAAUGGAAGCGACGCCAUUUGCCGAAGAAGCGGCCGCCUCGGAAGGGACGCGGACGCGGCGUCCUCUUUCAGCUUCCGGUCCCCUUCCGGGGAUGUCCACGUCGUUGCAACCUUCGUCUUUCCUGGUAGCUCGCUGGCGACGACCACGCAAAUCCUCCGACACGCAUCGCGAGUAUAUCAACGGUUCCCACUCGAUUCGUAUUCUGUCUCAGGAAACGUCGCAACUUCACCGGUACCACUGGUAGCUAGGUUAACUCCCUCGCCAUCCACGGGAAGGGACGAGAAAGAGAGAACAAUGA